GGAUGAUCACGUGGUGUAACGCACCAUCGAAUUCGACCGCCUUCCGCCGCCAUCACCGCCCUUAUGUAAUGGCCGUUAGCCUAGGUCGGUCACAGGGAAGCAUCAUCGCCUCCACAAUAUCUGGCAACCUCCUGCUGCUAUCUUGGUCGCCCUCCAGAAUUGCUCUCUCCCUGGGUGUAGCUGGCACUCUUUCAUCUCUCGCCCGCUGUCUGCUUCGAUUUACGUGAUUCUCUGUUCCUCUGCUUUCCCCAUUCUUCAACUACCCCACUCGCCAGCGGCAGCCUACAGUACAUAUCGAUCGACCAUGGCGGAUGACAAUGCAACUACGGAGGAGGCUCCUAUCACCUUCACCGUGAAGUCAUCCACUGAUGCCAAGUUCACCCUUACUCUUCCUCUUUCUACACUUGUCUCGGAGCUCAAGGAGAAGCUCUCUAGCUCUGAGUAUGCCGACACCCCCGCCGAACGUCAGCGCCUGAUCUACUCCGGUAGAGUACUCAAAGACAACGAGACACUCGAGACUUAUAAGAUCAAGGAUGGCCACACAAUUCACUUGGUAAAGAGUGCUGCCAGCAACCAACAACGCUCGAAUGCAUCCGCUCCAUCUACCUCCGCGGCAUCAGGGGCCGGCUCUACUACCCCAAGCCAGCCUGCUGCCGGUGUCCCCACCAACCUCGCUGCUGGUACCGGCAACAACCCUCUUGCUGGUCUGACCGGUGCUCGAUAUGCCGGUUUCGCUCAACUUCCCGGGGCUGGCCUCUUUGGCCCCGAUGGUGGGAUGGGCCCUCCUCCAGAUAGCGAAGCCAUGUUGAACAUGCUGGAAAACCCCCAAAUCCAGUCCCAGAUCAACGAGGCGCUACAAAAUCCCGCAAUGAUUGAUAUGAUGAUUCAACAGAACCCCAUGCUUCGCGAUAUGGGUCCCAUGGCCCGCGAACUGAUGCAACGACCUGCAUUCCGUCGUAUGCUGACCGACCCUGCGGCCCUUCGUCAGAUGAUGCAGAUGCAACGGGCAAUGGGCAUGGGCGGUGGGGGCAUGGGUGGUGGUGAUAGUGCUUUCCCGGCCCCUGGUGUGACCAACACGACUGAGAAUGCCCAGAAUACCCAGCAGCAGCAAAACACACCAGCCAACCCAUUUGGCCAAAUGCCGAACCCAAUGAUGGGGGGUAAUCCGUUUGCCGCUCUGUUUGGCGGUCAACCAUUCGGCCAGCCCCCCGCCAGUACUGGCACUCCUGGAACCAACCAGACGGAGGGUGCUCAAGGCGCCCAGAAUACUGCAGCCCGUUCUGCGGCUGGAGAGGGUCAGGGCCAGACUCCUGAGGCUGCUCAGAACCCUUUUGCUUCUCUCCUCAACCCGGCUCUGUUCGGUAAUGCUGCUGGCCAAGGAGGCAUCAACCCAUUUGAUCCCCAGCAGAACCCGUUCUUGCGCGACCCCGCUCUUAUGAACCAGUUGAUGCAGGGGAUGGGAGGUCCGGGGGCUGAGGGAGGUGCUGCUGGUGCUAACCCAAUGGCAGCUCUGUUUGGGGGCGGCGGCGGCUUCGGUUCUCCACAGCCAGCCGAUAACAGGCCCCCGGAGGAGAGAUAUGCCGACCAACUUCGGCAAUUGAAUGACAUGGGUUUCUUUGAAUUCGAGCGAAAUAUCGAGGCUCUGCGUCGUUCGGGUGGCAGUGUUCAAGGAGCCGUUGAGUACCUCCUUACCCAUGGAUCAUGAGUUUUUUGCCUUAUUGCUUGUGUUUUUCUUGGCCAAUAGCCUCUAUUAUCAUGUCCCUUUCCCUACCAUAUGUAUUUCAUGGCCCUUUGCUUUCAUGAUGUGUCGUUACGACUGGCCUGCCGAAUGCCAAUGAUCUUCUUACAUUCCCCAUAUCCGCAUACACUUCCUUGAUAAGAAUUGUUUCUUGGCGGAUGCACGUUGGACAAAUUUCUUUCACUAGCACCCUGUCCCCGGUGGCAUACUCUCUCCACUAUCAUAUUUAGCACCUCCUUAGUACUCGAGGCUCUGUCUCCAUUGGAACUUUUAAUAAUUCAUUGUGGUCCAAUCACAUUAGCAAGAACAGUCUUGCAAAGUUGCAUCAG